UAAGUCCCUCAAAAUCUGUAUACUUUGCUUUGAGCUUCAAAACGAGUAAACCGGGUGUGCAAAGAGGAGCCCGCCGAGAUUUACCCUCCACUACAUCCCUGCGAGACGCACAGCGUAAUUCCAGCUAAUGCGGAUAAUGUCCAGGACACACUGCGCACGGUGCGCGCCGCCGCCCGACGCGCAGACCUCCUUGGAUUUGCCACCGACGGAGAAAGAAGGAGAGGGCACGGCCGCUGAGAUUGUGUAGUCAGAAUUAGUGAUUACCUGUGUGUACAACAUGUAGCUUGACUCCUUUUCUACCCUCGAUAUGAAAGUGUUUUCUCAACCGGAACGGUGAUUAAUCGGAGGUUGCUAAAGGCUAAAUGAGACUUUAGUUGGAUUAAUCAGACGCAGAGGACGGUGGCGAGUGAUGAGAGUCAGAGGGAAGGUUCAGGGGGCUUUUGGCAGAUUGCAGCGGGUAUUUCUCAUCAAAAAUCCGAUCACAGUGGGGAGGCGAGUCUGAAGUCUUCACUGUGAAAUGGACUCACAUGGACCGUCCCUCAACCGCAGCCAAUCGCUGGCGAGUGGCCUAGAAAAGACUUCACCGACGUGGACCAAGCCAGCCCACUCUCGGAGCAGCAGCACUCUGUCAUCUCGCCACUCCAGACAGAUUAUCAAAGACUGGGAAGUGAUUGAGGACCUUCAGACAGACAUGCAGGCGGGUGGUGACAAUCUUCAGGACAUGACCACUCCGGGGAUCUGUGAAGGAUAUCUUCUCAAGAGGAGGAAGUGGCCUCUGAAAGGUUGGCACAAGCGAUACUUUGUCUUGGAAGCUGGAAUCCUACGCUACUCCAAACACCAACAAGAUGUCUCCAGGGGACGAGUCCAGGGCUCGCUGGACAUUAGUCUUGCUGUAAUGUCAAUAAACAAGAAGUCAAAUCGCAUUGACUUGGAUGCAGGCGACAUUCUCUAUCAUAUGAAGGCGAAGAGCCACGAACUCUUCUACAUCUGGGUAACAAAGCUACAAGCGCACCGCCUGUUCAAGAAAAAUGAGGCAGCCCAUGCCCACACUGGCUUCCCCCAGACUUUGUCUCACUCACCAGCUGCUGGAGAAUCUCAGAGAAAUGGAGAUUUGAGCUCCACGGGGAUGGCAGAUUUGGCUGGGGCAUCAGGGGUGCUGCCCUCAGCUAACACCGCAGUGAACAGUAAGGUGUCUGCCUGGCUGCAGCAAAGCCACAACCCAGACACCUGUGUUCAAGAGUUGAACCGUUGUCAUUUGGACCUUUCUGAGCUAAACCGCUUAAUCCAGAGGCUACAGGCGCUGGAGGUCGGCCAGGCUUUCUCUAACGGAGAACUGCAGCGCAUCAUCAGCAUACAGAAUCUCUCACUGGAGAAGCCCAAGAAGCCAAAGUCGGGGAAGAUUUGGGGCCACUCCCGCACACUGUCCAGAGUGGAGGCCCUGGGAAUGCCUAUUCGUGGGAUUACUAAAUCGCUGUCCUCCAGUCACCUGAACACCUCGUCCCACCUCGGUGCAUCAGUCCCCUCCAUCCCCGACUACGUCUACUCUCAGCUGUCUCCUCCCACUGUCACGUCGCCCGAGGGCAAGAAAAUCCAGCAGGACAUCUGCGCCAUGUCACUACGAGUGCUCGCCUCCCUGAAAUCAGUGCAUGAGACUCUAUCUCAGGAGAGACAGAAACUGCAGGAGGUCUUGGAAACCAACAACAUCCACCAGUCCAACACAUUAGCUGAUCCUGCGGCGGUGAGGCACCCGUCCCACGGGCCUCCUUCGGUUGCAGACUCUGCUGCGGAGUAUUUUGACGCCAGCGAUGACAUCCUCUGUGGCAGCUCCUCUGAGGUGUCUGACGAGUCGGGACUUAGCGAUGGAAGCACAACCAACUCAGAGCCAGAGGAAGGACAUGCAUCGGCGACGAGGAAGUACCGUGCCAGCAUUUCACGAACUCCAAACAGCGCUGUCCCCAAGUCCACGGGGCGCCGAACAAAACUUCCUGCUCACUGUCCCGAUAACAGCCACGUGGGCCUCAUGGCUAUCCUCUACAACAACAUAGGUAAAGACUUGGCUCGCGUGUCCAUGCCGGCUGCUCUCAACGAGCCUGUCAACCUGCUGCAGCGGCUGUGUGAAGAGCUGGAGUACAGCGAGCUGCUGGAUACGGCCAGCAACACACCAGACCCCUACCAGAGAAUGGUGUACAUUGCUGCCUUCGCCAUCUCUGGUUACUCCACUGCAGCGUUCAGAAACCGCUACAAGCCCUUCAACCCGGUGCUGGGGGAGACCUACGAGUGCGUCAGGGAGGACAGAGGUUUCCGCCUCAUCAGUGAGCAGGUCUGCCACCAUCCGCCCAUCUCUGCCUGCCAUGCGGACUCAGAAAACUUCUCGUUUUGGCAAGACCAAAGAUGGAAAAAUAAAUUCUGGGGGAAGUCACUGGAGAUCCUGCCAACAGGAAUGGUGAAUGUGACUCUUCCCAGGUAUGGAGACCACUACGAGUGGAACAAAGUAGUCACCUGCAUCCAUAAUGUGCUCAGCCAGCAGCGAUAUCUGGAGCACUACGGAGAGGUGACCAUCCGAAACCUCGCAAGCAGUGUCUGCACUUGCAAGAUAACUUUCGUCAAGUCUCGCUAUUGGGGCUCAGACACGAUCAAGAACGAGGUGCAGGGCACGGUGCUGGACCAGAGUGGGAGCGUCAUUCACCGGUUCGGUGGUCUGUGGCACGAGGGCAUCUUCUGUGACACACUGCCGACUCCAAAAUGUAUCUGGAAGCCAAAUCCCCAGCCUAAGGAUCACCAGCUGUACUACGGCUUCUCCACCUUCGCCAUGGAGCUGAAUGAACUCACCCCUGACCUGAAGACUCUCCUGCCUCCUACAGACACCCGCCUGCGCCCAGACCAAAGAAUGCUCGAGGAGGGAAAAGUGGAGGAAGCAGACAAAAAGAAAGACAUUUUAGAGGAAUUCCAGAGGGAGCGGAGAAAAGAGCUCUCCAAAAGGGGCGAAGAGCAUGUUCCCCGAUUUUUCAAGAAAGCCAGAGACUCCUGUGGACGGGAUGUUUGGUUGACGAAUGGGACUUACUGGGGGCUCAGAGAGAAUCCAGGCUUUGCUAACACUGACAACACGAUUCUGUGGUGACGAGAUGGCAGCGACGUGCAGACGAAACCACACGAGAGAAAGAGCGAGAGAAAGAGAUUGAAAAAUAUCAGCCGUGGAUAUUUUGAACAGCAUACAUGACCCGCUCCGAGAGAGAGUGGCGAUAGUGCUGCUCAUCGCUCUCUUUUUUGUGCAUGCCCGUGACUGGCUCAUGGGAAACCUGUCAUGAGUUAACCAGCAAACGUAGAAAGAACUUCACAUUUUCUAAUGCUUUUAUUUAUCUUUUUUUUUUUUUUAGAUUACUUCUAUAUAUAUAUAUAUAUAUAUGCAUUUAUAUAUAUUUUUGUGAAUUUUACACAUUUCUGUUCAACAUGUGGCACAGACUCUGAAUACUAAAACUUGAAAUAGUCAAAUUACUUGAAAUCCGUCAGAAUUGUAUUUUUCUGGCAGGUUAUUAACAUCGGGAAUGGGCAGCAAAGAUUAUAGCCUUAAAGCAGCUAUUAUCUCCAUCAAAAAAAAACAAAAAACAAAAAAAAACAGGGAUGAACCUGCGCAGAUUUAUCAGCUAAAACUGCUUUUCGUGCUCCAUCUGUUUCUAUCGUUGAGCUGUCCGGCCUACAACGUAUCGCUUCAUUCUCACUGUGUUGUUUUCGGUGAAAAAUCUCUCACCAGCGACUUUACACUUCACCUGCUCGGCUCCACACUACGGAGACACACAGUCACCAGCGAGCUGUUGAACCCAGUGGAGCAUUUAGCCGCUAAAGAGACAGAUAUUUUCCCCCAGGAGUUGGUGGAAACCAAAAAUAGAGUUACACCAGAGCAAAGAUUCCACUUACGUUCAUGCACAAACAUGAGUUUUUGUGAUUGAUAAUAUUUCUUUGCAACUUCUUAUUGUGCUAAUAAGAUACAACUUGCUUACAACAACGCUAAAUUAAAAACAAAUGUGAGGAUAUACUGUAUCUAUUUGGGGUCAAACAUGGUGGUAAACUUCUAUUAGGUCAAACCUGUGUUAAAGCAAACUACCAUGAAGCCCUCUCUCACACUAAUUCAACCUUCGCUUUAUAUUUAUUACAUUUACCAUAAACAUUAACAUACUUUAACCAUAUAAAGGUGCACAACUGACGAAGAUGCUGAGGAUGUUACCGCCUACCUAACAAAGGAUGUUUCAUUGAUCAAGUUUUGCAACAGUAUUUGUCUUAAAACUUUGAUCACUGCUAAUAUUAAAAGUCUGGCAGCGUAGCAUCGUCAGAAAACUGUUUAUUUUAUGUUUUUUUUAUUUGAUUUUUUUUUUUUUUUUUUGAUCUAUUAAAAUAAAGUUAACUAUAGGCACACAAUUAACUUUAACAUAUUAUAUUGUAUUUUUAUGUCAAAAUAGUAAAAUGAGCAUCCAGCUGGUUGGAAACAUGUGCAUACUGUAUUUAUACAGUACAUUAAACUCUCAUCACAACUCCAGUGUUAUUUAUUUAUUUAUUUAUUUAUUUUAUUGGUGUGGAAAACAGACCUGAAGCCUUUCAGAAAGCUUCAGUAGUUCAACUUCCCGUUAAAUAAAAACAGCACAUCAGAGCAGUCGGGAUUUGCCAAGUGUAUGCUUUAAUUUCAGGAAUAAAAAAAAACAAAACAAAAAAAAAAACAAAAGUUCAAUGCACAGUUUUGCACCCUGUAAUAAAUAACAGCUUCUGAUUUCCCCCUCC